AUGGCUGCAAGAGAAGCCACCGGUUCACUUGUUGAGAGUGCAGCGGGUAUCCAAGCUGAUGUUUACUUUCAUGUUGUUGCUGCUGGCCAAUCUGAGAGUGAUGGCAACAUUCCAGAAAGCAAGAUGCAGGAUCAGUUCAGAGUGUUGAAAGAGACUUACACCCAGUAUGGAAUCAACUUCACCCUGAAGGGGAUCACCAGAACAAUCAACCGAGAUUGGGCUACUUCUGCUCGCAACCAAUUUCACAUGAAGUCUGCCCUGCGGAAAGGUGGCUAUGAUACACUCAAUGUUUACUUUAUGAAGGAUCUUGGUGGUUCUGCUGGCCUCUGCUACCACCCAGAUGAAAAUGGCAAAGCCCCAGGCUCUGGAAUCUUCAUCUUUGAUGGAUGUUUGGUCCUGAGUUCAACGGUUCCAGGUGGAACCCACAAAGAUUUCAACCUUGGAAAGGUGACUGUCCAUGAAGUUGGCCACUGGAUGGGCCUUUCUCACACUUUUGUUGGCGGCAGUUGCUCUGGGCCGGGAGAUAUGGUUGAUGACACUCCACCCCAAUAUUUCCCCAGCACCGGCUGCCCCAUUGGACGUGAUUCCUGCCCUGGAGAUGGCCCUGACCCAAUCCACAAUUAUAUGGAUGCCACCAAUGAUUACUGCAAGACUGAAUUCACUCCUGGCCAGCGCGCCCGUAUGCACAGCAUGUUCAACACAUACCGCAAGUAA